AGAGAGAGAAAGAGAGAAUACAGAGGAAAACAGAGAGGAAGUUUGACAACCCGAAAGAAGAAGGAGGAAGAAGAAGAAGAAGAAUUAUGGGAGAUGUUGUGUUGUUUGUGGAUGAUUUUGAAUUGAGUUCUGCAGUUCCACACUGUAGAAUCUGCCAUGAAGCGGAAUUCGAGAGCUGUAAGACCUUGGAGGCUCCCUGUGCUUGCUCUGGAACCGUUAAGUUUGCUCAUAGAGAUUGUAUACAGAGGUGGUGCAAUGAAAAAGGGAACACAACUUGUGAAAUCUGUCUCCAGGAAUAUGAACCAGGCUACACAGCACCACCACCCCCCAAGAAGGCUCAGCUGGUUGAUGUAGCAGUGACCAUUAGGGGAAGUUUGGAAAUUCCAAGAAGACGGCAGGAGCUGGAGGACCCAAGAAGAGUGGCCAUGGCUGAUGGCCCUGAAUGCACAGCAGCUGCAGAUAGAGGUGCUUCUUGCUGCAGAGUGGUGGCUCUCAUUUUUACCGUCCUUUUGCUUGUGAGACAUCUGUUUGCUGUGGUUACGGGCAGCACAGAAGAUUAUCCAUUCACACUUCUAACAUUACUUAUACUAAGGGCUAGUGGAAUUAUUCUCCCUAUGUACAUAGUUAUUCGAACAAUUUCAGCUAUUCAAAACAGCAUCCGGGAACACUAUUAUCAGGAUUCUGAAGAUGAAAGCCCAGAAGAAGUAGACGAUGAAGAAGAUGAGGAGCAGCCACUUCAUAGUGGGGUCUGAGUAGAGCCCUAAUGUAUUUUUCCCAUGCCUUAAUUCAUUUGUACAAGAGCAUAAUAUCUAUGCUCCUCAGUUGAAACUCCCCCUUUUUUGGGUAAGUGAAUAGAGUUUUCUUCAAAAGCAGCUUUUUUGGAUCAA